CUGCCCAUAGGUGGCACAGGCUGCCUUGCCAGGAAUUGUGCAGGCAAGAGAGAGAUCUGGAGACUACAAAAGAGCUCCUAGGAGCCACAGCAGCCGUCCAGCUUGCAAGAAGGGUGGCUGUCAGAGCAAAGGUCCUUGGUGAGACUGCUGUCUGCCUGGCUCCCAAAGGAACUGAGGCCUCAGGCAAGUGCCUGGUGCCCCCCACGUCAUCAUGGCAAAGGAUGGGGGCUGCUGCCAUGCCUGUGCCACCUGCCUGCUUUGCCUUUAUAGCUGCCGCUGGUCUCGCAGUAAAAAGGCUAUGAAAACUAACAAGUGUGACUGUGCCUGGUUUUUCUUCCUCUUCUGUGUGUGUCUUUUCACACUGGCCUGGCUCUAUCAUGCCCUCGUCACCCUCAAUGAUUUCCACAAUUUCAAUGAGUUCCUCUUUCAUAAGAUGGAGUGGUGGCUCGACUGGUCAGUGGUGAUGCUGUCUGGAACAGUGACUCUGGUCACCUACUCAUCCCUGCUCUUGGUUCUGGCACUCAGUCUACAACUUUGCCACCAGCCCUUGAAGCUACAUUGGCUGCACAAGAUCCUCCUGAUCUUGUCUGUGCUUGUGGUAGCAACUGCUUUUGUGGGACUGGAAAUUCAAUGGACAGAGCAGUGGGAAAGUGCUCGCAUUGCCUUACAGGCAACAGGCCCCUUCCUACACAUCGGAGCAGUGAUUGGAAUGACGUUGCUUGCCUGGCCAGUGGCAGACUGCUUUUACCGUACAUCCCACUCAGCCCUCAGAGUACUUCUCCUGCUACUGUAUCUAGGAAUAGUGAUUACUUUGUAUCUGGUUCCACUGGGCAUUGACUCUCCCUGUCUUUUGGAGAAUAGCCAGCUACCCCCCAAGCCAGCUCUGUUUGGACAUCGUGGGGCUCCCAUGCUUGCACCGGAGAACACACUAAUGUCCUUCCGGAAGGCACUCAACUGUGGUGUACACGUACUGGAGACUGAUGUCUUGGUGAGUGCUGAUGGAGUCCCUUUUAUCAUGCAUGACGAGAAGCUCACCCGGACAACGAACGUGCAAGAACUCUUUCCCACUCUGGCCCAUUCCAAUGCCAGUUCCUUCAACUGGACAGAACUGCAGCAACUGAAUGCUGGCAGUUGGUUCCUGCAGAAAUACCCCUUCCCCACAGCACGAAGCCUCUCAAGCUCAGAACAGGCCAUGGUGCAUGCACAGAAGAUCCUGUCACUAAAUCAGCUGCUGGAAGAGGCCGCGAGGCACAAUGUAUCUGUCAUGUUCGACCUACGACCUGAGGAGCAUCCCCAGUAUGAGCACCUUGUCAAUAUUACUGUGGAGACCAUCCUCCAAUCAGGCAUUGCCCCUGAGCUGGUUCUAUGGCUGCCAAAGGAGUUUCGAGAGCAGGUAAAGCAGCGGGCACCCAGGUUCCAGCAGGUCUAUGGCCGGAAGAGGCUCAACAAUGAAACGAAAGAGCUGUCACAUGUUAAUCUACCCUACCAAAAUCUGAGCAGCACAGAAAUCAGGGGAUAUCGCCGUGACAACAUCUCUGUUAACCUGUAUGUGGUGAAUGCUCCAUGGCUCUUCUCAAUCCUGUGGUGUGCAGGGACCAGCUCAGUUACUACCAAUGCCUGUCAUGUGCUGCAGAAGAUGGAGCAUCCCCUCUGGCUCCUGCCACGUGCCACAUACCAAAUGAUCUGGAUUGUUACUGACUGUGUCUCCUUACUGCUAAUCGGCUGGGCCUUCCUGCUGCUGAAGAAGUGGUCCCGGAAAAAAGAAUCAGCAGGUUCUGACUCAGAUGUGCUACUGACAAAGAUCCACAGCCUUCUGUCUGAGUGAUAGGGAAGUAGUAUGAAGAGUGCUCAGGAGAACAUGCCCCUCUUUCUAGAAAUAACUUCAUGGGGCUCAUUUGCUGCUAAGACCCAGUACUGCUGCAGUGGUAUUUUGUUCCGGAAUCCAAGAGCAGCUGCAUUUGUGUUGCUUUGAGCCAAGACAAAGUGGACUCUUGUAUUUCAGUCUGUACCUUCCUCCAUGUGGCCCUGCUGGGGGACUUUGCAGGUGAUCCCCUCCCACUCCAGAGUGUUUAUGCCAUCUGGGCCAGAGAGUGGGUUCCCCUUUCUCCUCCAUGUGAGAGGCAACAGACUUUUUUCCAUUGUAGCCGAAGCAUUUGUAAAUAAAGCAUCCUCUGUGGGUUA